CACGCAAUGGCGCCAAUUGCUGUUUCUUGCAUGCUUGCCUUUCAAGUGCCAGAGAGGAGGAGCCCUGGAGCUGGCUGAUGUUUACCAACAAGCAGGGCUCCCUGCACGGCAUGCGCAGCUGUGGCUAGUGGGGCGGGGCGCUGUUGUCCACAUUGGGUCACCAGGUCCUCACUCAAUUCGCGUGCACACGAGAAGCAGAAGUACAGCAAGGGGUUCCCGCGCGAGGGGCAACGCUGCAAGAAAAAUGGCAUUUGGGCAUGUCAGCAGUAUUUUUUUGCUGACGAUUCACCACCAGUGGUUCUUGUGCGAGCGAACAGCGAGGGUGAGUGAGACAGGACGUGCUGCUGUGCUGCUGUACUGGACUCGAGCUCAGAGUGAACUGAGCUUGUUGUGGGCAAGGGACUGCUGCGUGAGAGAAAAGCACUUGAGAUCAUGGAAGGGUCCAAACGUCUUGCCGACGAAGCGUCGUCGGCGCUUGUGCCUGUGAAAAAGGCCAAGCAAGAUGGAUCAAGCAGCAGCAACAAGCAACUUGCCACCCAAUCGUCCUCGGGCGCGAUACAGGCUGCGGCGCCAGCACGGACGUCCAGUUUGAUGGCACCCGUGAUGCUAUUGGAAGGUCACAAGGAUGAGGUGUUUACGUGCAAGUACAACCCCAGCGGAUCGCACAUCGCCUCUGCUGGCAUGGAUCGACAAAUCUUUUUGUGGAACACAUUUGGGGAGUGCGAGAACUUUGCUGUUCUUCCUGGACACACUGGUGCCGUGUUUGACCUUUCCUGGUCAAAGGAUGGAGACAAACUCUACUCCGCGGGCAUCGACAAGACCUGCAUUGUGUGGGACGCCGAGGCUGGUGCGCGCGUACGCAAGCUCAAGGGCCACUCGGACUUUGUGAACAGCUGCUGCGCUUCCCGCCACGACGCACACACGUUUGUCACCGGCAGCGACGACGGCACCGUCCGUGUGUGGGAUGCGCGGCGGCGGGGCGCUGUGCACACGCUCAACAGCGGAUAUCAGGUGAUGGCGGUGGUCAUGGCCGAUGAUGGCGAGCGCAUCAUCUCCGCAGGCCUCGACAACGCAAUCAAGAUGUGGGAUCUGCGCACCAUGGAUGUGACUGAGCGCCUUGCUGGCCACACAGACACGGUGACGGGCCUGUCGCUGUCGCCCAACGGGAAGGAGGUGCUGUCGUUUGCUAUGGACAACACUGCGCGCAUCUGGGACGUGCAGCCGUUUGCCCAGGGCCCGCGCCUCAAGAAGACACUCAUGGGCGCACAGGUCGGCCUCGAAAAGAACUUCAUCAAGUGCGCGUGGACGCCCGAUGGUAAGCACGUUGGCUGCGGCUCUGGCGACCGCAACGUGUAUGUGUGGAACGUGUUCUCGCAGAAGAUUGCGUACUGUCUGCCUGGACACAAGAGCUGCGUCAACCAGGUCGACUUCCACCCAGAGGAGCCCAUCGUUGUGUCCUGUUCAUCCGACAAGAAGCUGUUCCAGGGAGAGCUUCACCUCUGAGAAGGGAUCAGCGUAUCACUGUGUUUGUGCCUGCAAGCAUUCCACUUGCCCUGCUUCUCGCUUGCUGUUCGCGUCAAGUACUACAACACUUGUCACAUCACUGAACCGUGUUGUGCUUUGUGAUUUGUUGUGUGCCUUGGUGUGUGUGCGUGCAUUCUUGUGUGUGUGUGUGUGUGUGUGUGUGUGUGUGUGUGUGUGUGUGUGUGCAAUUACAAUCCGAGUGGCAGCAUCUGAAGUGCCAAAGAAUCGUCUACUCGUUCUCGCCA